AUGGCGGUCUUGAGACUGAAGUUCACCAAGAACGAGAGAGACAAGCUGGCUCAAGUGCUGUGGAUCCUGAACUGGAUCUCAGUGUUGACUGGGAUCCUCCUGUUCAGCCUGGGGCUCUUCCUCAAGGUGGAGAUCAACAAGCGAGGAGAGCUGAUGGCUGAGAGGGACAUCCAGUACGUGCCCAACAUGCUGAUUGCUGUGGGCCUCAUCGCCUGUGCCAUAAACUUCCUGGGUGGAAAGAUCUGCUACGACUGCGUGGACACCAAUAAGUUCUUACGCUGGAAGCUGAUCAUGCUGCCCUACAUAAUAUGCACCUUCUUCUUCACCUUCUGCGUGCUGGUAGGGGCUCUGAUGUGUUACAGCAUGCGUGGGGAGCUAGAGGAGUCUCUGAACCUGGGGCUGACGGAGGCCAUCAGGUUCUAUAAGGACACAGACACACCAGGACGAUGCUUCCUGAAGCGAACGGUGGACAUGCUGCAGAUGGAGUUCCACUGCUGUGGGAACAAUGGCUAUAAAGACUGGUUUCAGAUACAGUGGAUCAGCAACCGUUACCUGGAUAUGUCCCAAAAAGAAGUGGUGGACCGACUCAGGAGUAACGUGGAGGGGAAGUACCUGAUGAGCGGAGUCCCCUUCAGCUGCUGCAACCUCAACUCCCCGCGGCCCUGCAUCCAGCAGCACGUCACCAACAACUCGGCUCACUUCAACUACGAGCACCAGACGGAGGCGCUCAACCUGUGGAUGAGAGGCUGUCGCGAGGCGCUGCUGGAGUACUACACCCACAUCAUGCAGUCCAUCGGCCUCACCGUCCUCCUCACCUGGCUGUUUGAGCUGUCCGUGUUGACAGGGGUUCGUUACCUCCAGACCUCUCUGGAAAACGUGCUGAGACAGGGCGACCUCAACUCUGAGUCUGACGGCUGGCUGCUAGAAAACAGCUUUAUGGAAACUGCCCGCACCAACCUGAACAUCAUCAAGUGCCUCGGCAAGGGCAACCAGAUAGACACAGCCAACAAUGGAGACCCCAACAUUAACGUUCCCUCCACCUCUAAAGCACACUAUGGGCCAGACAAUGUGCCACUGAAGGAGAUACCUGAAGCCAGUUGA